AUGAAUGACUCUUCGAUCUUAGCAACCUACCCAAUUCAGUACAUCGGUUGCAUUCCUAUAACCAUCUCAAUCAAGUCACUCAACUUCCAGGAGCGAACGCAGAUCACUAGAGAGUGCAUCAUUCGGGUUUGUGAAGACGUUGGAUUAAGAGUACCCCCGGUCAGACCCCCUUCAACAAACGGUCUUUCUAAAUUUAUUGGUAAAGGCACCGACCUCACAUGGACUCGUCAAAGUGUGCGGCUCUCCAUCUCUGUUGAAGGUGUCACCGUCCAGGACUUUCAUUCUGACCAGGUGCUCUUCCACCACCGCCUCAAUACUAUUUCCUUCGCCUCCUCGGGCGAAGCGGACAUGAUGGACUUUGUGAGCUACGUGGCAAAGGUGGAGGAUGCGGCAGAAGGCAGAACGGAAGGGGCGGCUAACGGUGAAGGGGUUGGCGGCAGUGGGGUUCGGCGCUGCUACGUCUUCUACUGUAGUGGCGGCUGCUCCCGCGACUUCAUCGCCAGCAUUGGCGAAGCCUUCAAACUUGGCUAUAAGGGUUUCAAAAGAAGUCAACUACAUCAGGAUUCCCACCCGUUGCCUCCAAGACCCGUUAUAGAUGAUCUGGAUCCUCCUCUUCCCGAGGCACCGGCACCACCCGUACCUGCAGAUCCUUGGUUCGCCCCCCAAGGCACAGCCGCCAACCUAGGUGGUCAAGGAUUUGAAGAUCAGUUUGAUGACUCCGCCUGGCUUCUGAAAGAGCACCGGGCGCCAGUGGCAGGCGGCGCACAGGAGCAGUGGGUGGCCUUCGCACCAGCCCAGCAGGGGCCACCGCACCCAGUACAGGAAUCGAUAAAGGAGGAAGGUGGGGAGUGGCGGUCUCUGGAACCGGUGGGUGAGCCCUGGUACGUGGGCCAGGUGACGCGGCAGAAGGCGGAGUCGUUACUGCAGUACGACGGCGACUUCCUCGUGCGUGCCUCCACUCAACAACCCAACCAAUUCGUCCUCAGUGGCAUGCAGAAUGGCAAGAAACGCCAUCUCCUCCUCGUUAAUCCUGAGGGUCAGGUGCGAACGAAGGACCGGGUCUUUAGCAGUAUCCAGGAGUUGAUUGACUUCCACCUGCGCAGCACCACUCCUAUCCGGUCCGCGGACAGCGAGCUUAAGCUGGUCUUUCCCGUCUCGCCUAAUUGCCUGGACCAGUAG